GUGCAGUUUCCCCUCCCAAAAUCCUCCGCGGUGCCCUUGACUGUCAUGGCGUCGGAGGCAAUGCAAUUCCAGGCCAAGGUGGCCAGACUUCUGUGCCGUCGGUACGGGAAGCCGGUCCUGGAACCCAAAGUCCCGCUAGUGCUCAAAGACAGUGUGUCCAGCCGGAAAGAAAAGCUGUCAGAGGCAACCUGUUUAACCGAGAUGUCUGUGUUGAUGACGUGCUGGAAAGAAAAUUCUUUCAACGACAAAGUCUGUUCUAAUGAAAUCAAGAUUUUCUAUAAGUGUGUGACACAAGCACAGGCUGAUCGAAAGGCGGGUGUACAGAACCUCACAGGAAGCUUGAUGCCAGCAGGGAAAGUAAACAGUUUGCUGAGAAAGUAUCCAAAUAUCAAACAUGAGAUCUAGAGCUGCAACUUUUACCUUUCAUAGGACUUUAUUCGCUGGGAUGUGUCUGCUGAACGGCAGAAUGGACAAUUCCAGCAUGUUACAUUUUUGGGCCCUGUGUGCCUUAUCUUGAACGAAAAGUGAGUGUUGAACUUGCACUA